CUUUAGGAACCAUUGCAUUGUUCUACUCAAUUAAAAGGUUUUUUUCUUCCUUUGAUAUUUAUCCUUUACAAUCAUGAUCAAUCUCUUUGUUUCUCCAAAUUCUGCAUAAUCAUUAUCAUGGCUCAUUUGUUAAACUCUGAUCCAAGUUCUCAUUUCACAAGAACUUUUUGCAAAUACCCUUUUGUUUCUUCUUCUUAUUCUGAGGUUAAUAAAGUUGUUAGGUUCAAUCUUAAAUCCUGUUUUGAUAAUGGAAAUGGUAAUGUCAAGAGGGUUUUUCUGAAGGAAAAUACAAAGGGUUUAGAGAAGGGUAUUCCUGUCAUUGAUGGAAAAUGUGAUGCUACUAUUGUUGAGCAUAGAUCACAGGGUGGAAGUCACAAUAGAUCUUUUUGUUACCCUGAUCAGAAAUUUUCUCAUAAGCUUGUAGUUGCUGUUGAUGUUGAUGAAGUAUUAGGAAACUUCGUGUCAGCUCUGAACAAGUUCAUAGCAGAUCGAUACUCAUCAAAUUAUUCGGUUUCUGAGUAUCAUGUGUACGAGUUCUUCAAGAUAUGGAACUGUUCACGAGAUGAAGCUAAUAGUCGUGUUCAUGAGUUUUUCGAGACACCAUAUUUCAAGUCAGGGAUCCAACCUAUCCCAGGUGCUCAAAUGGCCCUGCAGAAAUUAUCACGAUUUUGUGACCUAUCAAUUGUAACAUCUCGGCAGAAUGCAAUCAAGGACCAUACGAUUGAGUGGAUAGAGAAUAACUUUUCAGGAUUGUUUGAUGAGAUUCACUUUGGAAACCACUUUGCUCUUGAUGGAGUGUCAAGACCAAAGUCAGAGAUUUGUAGGUCUUUAAAUGCUAAGGUUCUUAUUGAUGAUAACCCAAGAUAUGCAAUGGAGUGUGCUGAAGCCGGAAUUAGAGUCCUACUUUUCGAUUACGAAAAUUCGUAUCCUUGGAGCAAGACUGAGUUUGCUUAUCAACAUCCUCUUGUGCACAAAGUUGAGAACUGGGAUGAAGUUGAACAAGAAUUAAUGUCAUUGAUAGCAUCAUAGUUUACUAAAAAUCCUGCAACAUCAAAUUGUGAAAAAUCACUUUUAACUGGACUGUUUUAAUACUUAGACAAAUUUAGAUGUACUAUGGACCGAGAAACUAUUUGUAAUACUCUGCACAAAUGACGGUGUUGAGAUGAAUAGUGUGCUUUGGAAGAAUGAUUAACUUCUUUCAUUUGA